AUGAGCUCCUACUUUGUCAACUCUCUCUUCUCCAAAUACAAAAGUGGAGACUCUUUACGUCCUAAUUAUUACGAAUGUGGUUUUGCGCAAGAUCUGGGCACCAGACCUACUGUCGUGUACGGUCCAGGCACAGGGGCAACUUUUCAGCAUGCUCCACAGAUUCAGGAAUUUUACCACCACGGCGCGUCCACGCUCUCUGCAGCUUCCUACCAGCAAAGUCCAUGUGCCGUGACCUGUCAUGGAGAACCGGGCAACUUCUAUGGCUACGAUGCUCUACAAAGGCAAACACUCUUUAGUGCUCAGGACGCCGACUUGGUCCAGUACAGCGACUGCAAACUUGCCGCUGGAGGGAUUGGCGAUGAAACGGACAACACGGAGCAAAGUCCUUCCCCUACACAGCUGUUCCCCUGGAUGAGACCUCAAGUAGCUGCCGGACGCAGGCGAGGCCGCCAGACCUACAGUCGUUACCAGACACUCGAGCUGGAGAAAGAGUUCCUUUUCAACCCAUACCUGACACGCAAACGGCGCAUCGAAGUGUCGCAUGCCUUAGGACUAACUGAACGGCAGGUCAAAAUUUGGUUUCAAAACCGCCGCAUGAAAUGGAAAAAAGAAAACAACAAGGACAAGUUCCCCAGCAGUAAGUCAGAACAGGAGGCGAUUGAAAAAGAGAAGCGGGAGAAGGAGCAGACGGUUGGAGCACAGUCGGCAGAUGAAAACUGCGAUAAAGCUCAACAAAUAUAG